UAGGGCGUAAUGUCACAUGAUUCGAACGUAUAAGUAUCAUCGCUGUGGUCUCACCUGAUUCUACAUUUUGACUCCAGUUACCAGAAUGGGCAAGAAUAUACUCGUUGUCGUUGUACUAACAGUUGUUAGUUUAGGCAGCAUUAAGUGCGACAAUAUUUUUAAGUCAAAUGUAGAUUUUAUUCCCAGCAAGUACGUCUCAACGAAGGAUGGACUUCACCGACCAUGCUACAGACCAAGCAAGCGCUAUGUGCCAUCCGUGCAGCAGUUCGGACCCAGACCAUUUGAAGAUCCCAAUUUUCGAGUUUCUGAUUUGCCAAAAGGCUGGGAUUGGCGAAAUGUCAGUGGAAUCAACUUUGCUAGUUCCACUCGCAAUCAGCAUAUUCCACAAUAUUGUGGAUCUUGCUGGUGCAUGGGAGCUACCAGUGCCCUUGCUGAUCGUAUCAACAUCAAAAGGAAAGGUGCCUGGCCUUCUGCCUAUUUGUCUGCUCAAGAAGUCAUUGACUGUGGUGGUGCAGGAUCCUGUGAUGGGGGAGAUGAUUCAGAUGUUUAUGAAUACGCCCACAAGGUUGGAAUUCCUGAUGAAACCUGCAACAACUAUCAGGCCAAGAAUCAAGGCUGCAAUGCCUUCAACAAAUGUGGAACUUGUACAACAUUUGGAGAGUGUGCCAAGGUUGACACUUUCAGAGUUUGGAAGGUUGCUGAUUAUGGAUCUGUCUCAGGUCGUGAAAACAUGAUGGCCGAAAUUUACAAGAAUGGACCCAUUAGUUGUUCCAUUAUGGCUACCAAAGGACUUGAUGAAUAUACAGGUGGAAUUUUUUCUGAAUACCAUAUCAUUUCCGAGCCCAACCACAUCAUCUCUGUGGCAGGCUGGGGAGUAGACAAUGGCACAGAAUACUGGGUUGUCCGCAACAGCUGGGGUGAACCCUGGGGUGAGCGAGGCUGGGCUCGUUUUGUGACUAGUCUGUACAAAAAUGGAGAAGGCAGCAAAUACAACCUCGGCAUUGAGAAUGACUGUGCCUAUGGAGACCCAAUAGUUGUUUAAGUCAGUAUACUCUUGUGGUGUUUGCUGCAUGUCUUUCAGAAGUUUGUCUCAGCAUGAUACCCUGUACAUUACAACUCCUACAUCAUAUUCUUCCUACAACAUAAUAUGGCAGAUAGUUCUUUACAUCAGAGAAUAUUUAUGCCAUCUUUAGAUAUUGUAUUAAGAUUUGUCUCAGAACAUAUUCUUUCAUUGUUAGAUGUAAACAUUUGUGUCAGAGAAUUAGAGCCUGGGUGUGUAGACAGAAGAGAUGGAAAGGGAAUGUAACUCACCGAAAACUAAUUUAAAGAAGCAAGUGUGGUGGAAAACCUUUCAUUGCUUUACAUCAUUGUCUAGGAAUUUUUGUUUGUAAUACAUUCUUAUAUUUUAUUUGUAAAAUGGUGAAGUAUUACACAAAAAUGAGUAUACUGAAAACUGGAGGUUGCGUGAGAAUUGUGGAUGCACACAAACAAAAUUGCAAAGCUCUGGUUUAAUUGUUCAAUUAAAAAAUUGGUUAUGCUCACAUGACACUCUAUUUCAAAUGAUUUAAUUUAUUCUAAAAAGGGAAAUAAAGGGAGAUGUAAAUAUAUCAGAUUUUGUAUUUUUACUCAAGUGUUUACAAAUAACAAAAUUUGCCAUUUUU